AUGAGCAUUUCUGAAAGCAUAAACUUUGGCAGCAAGACAAACAUUAAUUUUGAUUCUAUAAAUAUUAGUCUGGUGGAAAAAAAGAAGGAUUUCUUUUAUGAACCAUCUCUGGAUGAGAACUAUUCGGUAUCAUCGCUUGAGGCCAACAGCACCGUAUUAGAUGAUAUUAUAAAUAAAAGUAACAUUAAAAAUGGAAUGAUUUUUGUAGAAACUACAGGUAUGAAUAAAAAUUUGGAAAAUUGUGAAAAUAGAGGUGGCAAGGAGAAUUGUAAAAUCAAUCAAGAUUCACAACGGCCAGAAAUGAUUGAGAACGGUGAAAAUUUAAAUAAAUGUGUGCAGGGGGUCAAUGUUGAAAUUGAUGAAAAUAUAAAAAACAAUGAUGGUGAUAAUGCUGCUGAAGCAGCUGCUUUGGUUCAAUUUAAACAGCAAGUCAAAGUCGAUGGUGUCAAUGGUACAAAUCAUCAUGAAAUUGUUCAAAUCGAUGGCACCAGCAAUGACCAUACACACAAUAACGUUGUGACUGAUACAAAUGUCUAUUUCAAUUCAGAAAAGAUGAUGAUUUUAAAGAAUGAUAAUGUUGAUUCUGUUAGUGAAGUUGCCGUUGCAGGUGUUGUUGUUGUUGUUGGUGGUGGUGGUGGUGGUGGUAGUGUUAAUGAUAAUACAAAUAGUAAUAGUAAAAGCAAUAUUAACAAAUGCAAUACGGAUGUUGAUUGUGAACGAUCAAAUGAAAUUAUUUUGAAUAAAAAAAUUAAAUCAUCUCAAGCGGGCAAGCAAAAUGAAAAGAUUAAGUCUUCCGAUGUCAAUGAAAAGGAUAUUGUGAUGAGUGAUGUAUCAAAUUCUGUGACAGAUUCAAGUGCCGAUAAAAAUGUUAAUGUUAAAAAUGAAGUCAAUAGCAAAAGAGAUGACAACACCGAAAAUAAUAUAAAUUUAAAGCAAGAGACUACUGUAAGAAAGCCAAAUGUUGAAACAGAUGCAAACAACAAGAAAAUUAAUCUUACAAAGAGGCAUUUGAAUUUGAAACAAACUGCUAGUGUCAAAAAAGAUGUAAACGUCAAAAAAAAUGUAAAUACUGAAAAAGAUUUAAAUGUCAAAAAGAAUACAGGUACCAAAGAGGAUUUAAAUGUCAAGAAAUGUGUAAAUGUCAAAAAAGAUGCAAGUACAAAGAAAAAGGGAAACUUCAAAAAAGGUGACAUUGUAAAAAAGAACAUCAAAGUAAACAAUCACGCCAACAAUGUUGCAAUCAAAAUCAACUAA